AGUGCCUUGCCGAUACUCCCCGUUGACAGCUCCAGUGUGCUUGGCUCUACUCCACGUCGGGACGCAUAGGGUGUCCAGAUGGCGUCGGGAUCAUGACAUGACUAGCGCAGUUCUUCCUCCCUCUACCGUUUCGUGAAAAAGGGAGGGAUGAUUAAAAUAAAACGCAACAGGUUAAUUUUUCGGAAAUGAGUUUAUUGGCGACACGGAUUAUGUGUUUCGCUGUCCAGGGCCGGGCCGGUGAGCGGCAGCAGCAAGCCUCCCAUACCUGAGAAUCUAACCUGUGAGAUAUUAAAAUGUAGACGUCACAGUUUAGGGUCUCAGGGAACGGGCAGCAAGCUCUGCGUAGCUCCAGGGCGUCUGACACUCCCUGCGAACAAGGAAGCAAAAUUGCAUGAAUUUUAUGGCAAGCCUAGAGCUAGGUUUCGUCGCCUGACUUAACCAGAGCCGGAACUCGGAACUUUACCCUGACUAGCUUUCUGCUUCUAUACGCGACACCACCAACCACCAACCACCACCUCUACUGCGACUCGGGCCGGCGCCAGUCUCCGAUCCUCACAGUUUUUCCUUUGUUGUUCUUUGUUCUACUCCUGCCACUUCGUAGCAGGACGCAGAGACUCACGCUUUCUUGAGGGACGGCUUUGGACUCGGCGUCGUCGGAUUGCUUCGCGUUGGCUUCUAUACACCCGACACCGCCGCGCCACCUGUCGACAGAGGACACAGAACGAACCUGGUUGGCGGUUUCGCUGCGGCCCUGCGAGGUCCACCCCUAUCGUCCCGCACCACCCACGAGGAUUAAGGCUUGCAUCACCACGCACCGGCACCACCACCACCACACGAUGGAGCUCCUCGGGCUGCCCGACCGCGUCCUGCUGAGGGUGCUGCGGCUGCUCGACGUUCGCUCGCUGCUCCGCUGCCGCCUGCUGUGCCGACGCCUGUCCCGGCUGGCGCUGCACGCCAACGCGUGGCGCCACCUCUGCGUCGCCUCCGACUACGGCCCCCUGCGAGUGCUGCUACGCCUGGUCCCCCGCGUCGGGAAAAUCAGGAUCAACGUCUUCGCUGGUGCAGGUCCCAGGUGCAUUACUGAGAUAAGAGAGGUGUCGGAGACCCCCUGCGCGGCGGAAGAGCUGCACAUCCAGUUCUACUCGCACCCUGUGUAUCUUAAAGAAGAGGUGGCCCUGCUGGUGAUGUCAGCUGUGCGUAACCAGGCUGCAUUGGGGCGCCUCCAGAAGCUGCGCGUGGCCAGCGGCCCUUCCCACUUGGAGGAUCCUAUAAUGAGAAUGAGGUUGUUCGAACGCCCAAUUGAUGAUACAGCCCGUGUGGACCUGCCAGAGACCAUCGUUUCCACAUCUGAGCACGCUAGAAACCUGGAACUGGACCUGCUCCCGGACUAUGACGACUUUGGCUAUUACGACUUUGAUUAUUUCAACGAGAUCUCCAGCCCUGAGUUUGCUUUAAUGGCCUCAUUUGAAGGCCCAAUUGACGAUAAAGCCUGUGUGGACCUGCUAAAGACCAUCGUUACCACCUCGGGGAUCGUCCAAGAGCUGGAGCUGGACCUGCCCCUGGACCGUGACUACGACGAAGAGGUCUCCAGUCUCGAGGUUGCUGCCUCUCUCACUUCUCUCGUGUCCCACUGUUAUGGGGGUAUGAACGCGUCGCUGCUGCUCAAGCUUCUCUCCACCCACUCGGCCACUCUUGAGCAGGUGCACCUGUUUGGCGGCGUCAGGGACGGCUGCCAGUGGCCGGUGCGCCUGAGGACGCCGCGACUCCAGGAGCUCCGCUGCAACCCCGUAUUUGGCGGCGCGGACAGCCUAUUGGUGAAGUUUUGCGACGAUUUUCUGUACAUUAAACACAAGUAA